GCUGGGGUAACUAGUGACAACCCGCCAAAUGUCCGGUGCCCUUCGUCGACAACGAUUUCCUGUCUUUGCAAUUUUAACGUGUUAGAGCAAAUUAUUCACAAUGGGUAAAAAAGAAGAAGAGGAAAUCAUAAGAAUUGCGAAGAAGAUGGAUAAAAUGGCGCAGAAGAAAAGCGGGGUAGGGGCACUGGACCUUCUGAAGGAGCUGAGGGCUGUACCUAUGACGCUAGAAUUACUACAGUCCACCAGGAUCGGGAUGUCUGUGAACGCCAUCAGGAAGCAGAGUACAGACGAUGAGGUCACCUCUCUGGCCAAGGCCCUCAUCAAGUCCUGGAAGAAACUCCUGGAUGAGCCAGGAGGUGGAGACAAGUCGUCGGAGGAGAAGAGGAAAGAGCCGUCAACCCCCACCAGUACGGUGUCUCCUACCCAGGGCAGCCCUGAACCACGGGAAGAGAGUAAUGACUCCAGCAGUAAGAGUGAGCCUGUUGAGGUGAUGCCCUCUAUCUCCCUGAUCUCCACGUUCCCCCAAGCCCCCUCUACCUCUGACUCCGUCAGGAUCAAGUGUCGCGAGAUGCUGUCCCAGGCGCUACAGGCUGGAGACGACUACAUCGCUAUAGGAGCUGACUGUGAUGAACUGGGAGCUCAGAUUGAGGAAUAUAUCUUCUGUGAGUUUAAGAACACAGACCCCAAAUAUAAGAACCGUGUCAGGAGUCGCAUCGCCAACCUGAAGGACAUCAAGAACCCCAACCUCAGGAAGAGUGUUCUCUGUGGGAAUGUUUCCCCCGACCGCAUGGCCAAGAUGACCGCUCAGGAGAUGGCUAGUGAUGAGCUAAAGCUGAUCAGGAAGAACCUGACCAAAGAAGCCAUCAGAGAUCACCAGGUGUCCCAGACUGGAGGAACCCAGACCGACCUGUUCACCUGCGGCAAGUGCAAGAAGAAGAGGUGCACCUACACUCAG